AUGGGAAAUAUUGUCCCUGUAUGUCGCGAUUUUUUCCAAUUGAUCCAAGUCGGAGAUAUUUGGAUUAAUCUCGACUUCCGUGUCGUUCAUGGCUCCUCGUAUGUGCCAUUCGGACAUCUGGAUGACUUCUGCAAAUUUCUUAUUAAUGGACGUGUUCAAAAGCUCACACUGGACUUCAGGGUUCAUGAUGCACUGGAUGACAUUGUUCCACGGAACAGCUUGAGUUCCUUCUUCAAACAUUUUGAUUGGCAGACUUUGAAGGCGUUGCAGAUAAAUUGCUUGAAGGCCAAUGAUGAUCUAUUCUAUAAAUUCCUUUUGGAAAAUGGGGAAGUACUUUCCCGGUUGGAAACGCUGCUGGUUCAUGAUGACAUCAUAGGGACCUUGUUCCUGCGUGUGGCUGCAACUGGAAAACUUGUGCUUCCUGCUUGUCAGAAAGUUGCCCUAAGGUGUUCGUUCAAGAAACUGCGAACCGUCGAUAUGAGGCUGGUUUUUCCCAGAUUGAAAGAACUCCAUCUGAUUCACACCGAAUCUUCUGCUUCAGCCAUGUAUGAGCGGCUUUUCAACAUGUCUCUUGCAACUCCAACAAUCCAGGAGUUUCUUGCACGUUUCGGCUCUCAUGUGCUCUCAAGGUUGCAUGGUUAUCAUUUGCCAGUCAAAAUGGAUAAGAAUGGUUGGAUCCUGGCUCAAAUAGAGGGUACUUUUAUGAACCUUGAGUCCCUGGGCAUGUGCGGGGACUUUUUUGACCAUGUGCCAGCAGCUGACAAAAAUCGUCCCAUUUUUCCGAAGUUGAAAUCGCUGUGGCUGAAAGACGUCUCUCUAAUGAAAAUAUUCCAUCAUAUACGGAUGCAAACGUCGCUUGAAAAGCUGUGGAUCAGAAAUUAUCGUACUGAGGCAACCGAAUCCAGUCGACGAAUUUUCCAGGACUUCCUUGACAGUUCCAAAGAAUGGGUCAAGAAUUUGAAGUACGUUUCAGCUGAUCUCUGGGAGACAUACAUCCCUUACGAAAACCUCCACCACCUGGAAUGCGUCGCUUUGUUUCUUCGAUGCAAAGCCGCAGUGAAAUUUGCGAAGAGAGUCUUUGAAAAGCUUCGCAGCUGCUCCAAUCUGCAAGGAUUGAUUCUUCGUGUACGGGAUGAUCUUCAGCUGCGAGCACUUGAUCCAUUGCAGCAAAAUUUGGAGUUUGCUGCAAUUACGGGUACCAAUUUUUGCAGCGCAAUGGCUGCGCUAAAUUUUAUCCGGCGGAGUCAAAAUUCGUUGAAGGAUCUUUGGAUCCAAACGGAUCACACGAAGGAUCUGGAAGAAAUAAUUCCAGCCUUGAAGCCUUUCAAGCGACUCCGAAAUGUCGUGUUUGUCUUGAAGAACCCAUUUGGCAGAGACAGCAUCGGCGUGCUUGAACGAGAAUGGUUCGAGGCCGCAUUGAAGAAACAGAUUGAUCCGAAAUGCGCUUUGAAGCAAGCGACGCUGUUUCUUCCAAAAUCAGUGAAUUCAGGAUCUGAUUAUUCAUCGUACACCUACAACUUUGAGCUAAUGGACGAUGAUGAAAUUUCGUUGAAAUUUGUCACCCGAUUUUACUUCGAAUGGCUGAAGUUUAUACCAGACAAGGAAGAACUCGGUCAGCUUUCGAUACUGGAAGUUAUUGCCGCCAUCUUUCGUUGACGUCAUUUGUGCGG